ACUCUUGACAUUCACUUCCACGUUGUAUACGCCAACGAAACUCUUGACGGAGGCUUUGUUCCGGAUGAGCGGAUCAGAGCGCAAGUUGAUGUUAUGAAUCGAGACUAUAACAUCACUGGAGUCAGCUGGAAUCUUGUCACGAUCUCACGAAUCUUGAGUCCAGAUUGGUUUGCCAAAGUUGCCCCCGACACACCUGAAGAAGCGGACUUGAAGAGUCAAUACAGGAAGGGGAAUGCGUCUGCUCUUAACGUUUACACCGUCGGACUCAAAGAGGGACCUGGACAAGGCCUCCUUGGCUACGCUACCUUCCCGAAAGACUACAGUGGCAAGCCAUCAAACGAUGGUGUUGUUAUUCUUUAUUCGACUAUGCCCGGAAGCCAAACCCCGCCAUACAACAUGGGACGAACACUUACCCACGAGUCGGGUCACUGGUCUGGGCUUUACCACACUUUCGAGGGUGGAUGCACUGGGAAGGGAGACCACGUCGACGACACACCACCGGAGAAGGAGGCUGCUUAUGGCUGCAUCAAGACACGUCGUACUUGCCCCAAGAGCAAACUUGAUGAUCCAACGACCAACUUUAUGGAUUAUAGCGACGACGCUUGUAUGACUGGCGGCUUCACGAAAGGCCAGGGAACGAGAAUCAGGGCUCAGCUGAGAACAUACCGUGAUGUUGCUGUCUGA